UACUGAGGAGAUGACCCUGUCUUGAUGAUUCUCAAUUAGGAAAUCUGGGGCUGGUAGAAGCAGGGAGGAGGGGAGUUCUUCACCCUCAGCGCAUCCUGUUCCUAUGUUCCAGGCAUCUACAACUUCCCUGCUUGGCCACAUAGCUCAGGACUGGGUUGCAGAACCAUGUCUCCAGCCUCACCCACUUUCUUCUGUAUUGGGCUGUGUGUACUGCAAGUGAUCCAAACACAGAGUGGCCCACUCCCCAAGCCUUCCCUCCAGGCUCAGCCCAGUUCCCUGGUACCCCUGGGUCAGUCAGUUAUUCUGAGGUGCCAGGGACCUCCAGAUGUGGAUUUAUAUCGCCUGGAGAAACUGAAACCGGAGAAGUAUGAAGAUCAAGACUUUCUCUUCAUUCCAACCAUGGAAAGAAGUAAUGCUGGACGGUAUCGAUGCUCUUAUCAGAAUGGGAGUCACUGGUCUCUCCCAAGUGACCAGCUUGAGCUAAUUGCUACAGGUGUGUAUGCUAAACCCUCACUCUCAGCUCAUCCCAGCUCAGCAGUCCCUCAAGGCAGGGAUGUGACUCUGAAGUGCCAGAGCCCAUACAGUUUUGAUGAAUUCGUUCUAUACAAAGAAGGGGAUACUGGGUCUUAUAAGAGACCUGAGAAAUGGUACCGGGCCAAUUUCCCCAUCAUCACAGUGACUGCUGCUCACAGUGGGACGUACCGGUGUUACAGCUUCUCCAGCUCAUCUCCAUACCUGUGGUCAGCCCCGAGUGACCCUCUAGUGCUUGUGGUUACUGGACUCUCUGCCACUCCCAGCCAGGUACCCACGGAAGAAUCAUUUCCUGUGACAGAAUCCUCCAGGAGACCUUCCAUCUUACCCACAAACAAAAUAUCUACAACUGGUUUUGCUCAUCAGCACUAUGCCAAGGGGAAUCUGGUCCGGAUAUGCCUUGGUGCCACGAUUAUAAUAAUUUUGUUGGGGCUUCUAGCAGAGGAUUGGCACAGUCGGAAGAAAUGCCUGCAACACAGGAUGAGAGCUUUGCAAAGGCCACUACCACCCCUCCCACUGGCCUAGAAAUAACUUGGCUUUCAGCAGAGGGAUUGACCAGACAUCCAUGCACAACCAUGGACAUCACCACUAGAGCCACAGACAUGGACAUACUCAAGAGUGGGGAGGUUAUAUAAAAAAAUGAGUGUGGAGAAUAAAUGCAGAGCCAACAAGGUAGGAUGGUGGGUCAUGGGCUUUCUUGGUGCUCAAUCAAGAGUUGAGCCAAUGUCUACUUUGUUCUAAGAACUUUACACGGGAUGGAAAAGUCUCUUCGCUGAUAUCUUGCACAUUGUAGGUAACAUGAUAGAUCUGUGCCUUUCUUCAACCUUCUCUAGCAUGGGGUCAAGAUUAAUUCAGAAAAUUCCUCUAGCAUGGGGUCAAGAUUAAUUCAGAAAAUUCCUGCCUCUCACAGCUGACCUGUUCCAUCAUUUGUGCACAGACUCUUGUUCUCUAAUAGUCUGUGUUCCUCUGAUAGUCCAUGGCUUUAGCCUUUACCCUAACCUCAUCUUAGGUCACAGUUGGAUAUGUCCACGUUUUAGAAAGGAUAUGUGCCUGCCCGAAAGUGGGGUAGGGUAUUACUUUUUAUUAGUAUAUAAUCAAUAUGAUCAGCAUAAUCUUGUUUUUGUUUAUAGUAGGUAUAUUUCAAGAUUUGAAAUGGGUGCCUAAAACUAUAGGAAGUACAAAAUCCUGUACCCAUCAUGUUUUUUCAUACUUAUGUACAUAUAUUUUUGCAUUUUAAGGCCUUUAAAAUAAGAGGUAUCUGACUAGAAUGUCUAUGACAGUUGAUCUGACAAACAAAAUGGCUAUUACAUAUUCAUGAACAGGCAGGCAGUGUAUAAACAUCCACAAGGUUAGUUUACUUUCUGAAAUGUAAUAGUGUGGGAUGCUAUAAAUUUUUUUAUUACUAUAAUUUUCCCAUUUAAUAUUUUCUUUUUUUAAAAAAAACUUUUAAUUUUAGGUUUAUUUAUUUGCUGUAUAUCAAUACACUGUAGCUGUUUUCAGACACACCAGAAGAGGGCAUCGGAUCCCAUCACACAUGGUUGUGAGCCACCAUGUGGUUGUUGGGAAUUGAACUCAGGACCUCUGGAAGAGCAGUCAGUGCUCUUAACCCCUAAACCAUCUCUCCAGCUCUCCACUUAAUAUUUUCAACCUAAGGUUGAUUACAUGUGAUGGAAACCAUAUGAAGCAAAACCAUACAUGAGGGCUUCCCUGUAUUAGAAAGAGUCUUAAUCUUAUCUGAAAGGCCAGAAUAGUCAAAUUCAGAAAGAUUGGAAAUAAUCAUUUCUGGAAGCUGAGGAUAGUGGAAGGGACUGCUGGAAAUACUAUAGUGUGAUGAAGACUGUUUUGUAACCAGAAAGAGGUGAUGGUUGCCCAAUACUGUCAAUGUGCUACGAGCCAUUGAAUGGUCCACUUAAAACAACUAGUAAGUCAUCUAAGCAAAGCAGUUAGUGCCUAUAUUAGCUCAUGGGAGAAAAGCUAAGAGUGUAUUUAGUUCAAGGCUGGCUUUGUACUACAUAUGAGCCCAUAUCUCAAAAACAAAUGCAAUCUUAUGUCUUCAGAUAGCCAAACUGUAUUGUGUAUUUAAAGAGCACAGAAUGAUUUUGAUUUUUUCAACAGAAAGAGAUAUAUUACAUAAUAUACAUAUGUGUUCCCCAUAUAAAUGUACGAUUUUAGUUUUAUAUGUGUUAAAUAUUGAUUUCUGCUGCCACUUCUGGUUUUAGAUUUUUUUAAUUUAAAAAAUAUGUAACUCUUACAGAGUCAGAGUUACAGGUGGCUAGAAGUAGACCAAUGUGGUUUUAGAAACUGAACUCUGGUUCUCCUGAAGGGCAGAUGUAUUCCUAACUGCUGAGGCAUCUCUCCAGCCUCACCUGCUGCUACUUUCUAUUCUUGACUUCACUUCCUGUCUACCGACCUCACUUCCUGCCUUAUUUACUUUGGUCUUCCCUUGUGCAACAGCAGCCCUGCACAUAGUAUAGGUUGCCAUGGUAGUCUUGUUGCUGUGCAUUGGUGAAUAGGAGAAUUCAGCGAGUGCCCAGAAGUCUGGGUCAGGACUCUGGAUAAGAGGUCCCUGUCAUCUUCUAGAAUUGUGGUUGAGUUUGACACAGGAAAGCACCCACUGAUAUUCACUAUGACCUGCUCUUCAGGGACAGCUGAGGAUUGGAAAAUAUGGCUUGGCUGAUAGGAAUCUAUCAAUGAUGUUUGGAGGAGCCAAUGAAUGAAGUCAGUGUUCUGGAGAAUUGUAUAGGAACAGACACCCAUAACCUUUGGUUAUUUUCUUCAGGAACCCCCUUACCUACUCAGUUUCAAUAAGCCCCUGGGUGCCUCCCUGACAUGCAAACAUGAAUAUGCUACUGAGUUGCUGAAGAUAUUGGUGAAUUGUGGAAGGAUGGUCUUCCUGUACGCCGUACCAAAGUACUCACAGUGAGAACUUCCUUCUUGGUUAACAAUGUGAACAGAUCCAAAACAUGUAUACAUACAUUUUCUGCAGUAGGGUAAAGACUGUGUUCUUAGAAGCCAGUAGUGGGAAGAGGCUGGUGAUCCAGAUAAAUCAGUGUCAUGAGAACAAGCAUUGCUUUGCUUGUUCACCUCUGCACACGUGUACCAUUCCUGUAAAUAGCAGCGAGUCCUCUAGCCAUCUCUCAUCUUUGAGUGUGGUUUGCAGACAGAAGAUGGGUAUGAGAGUAUGGGACAGAGGAAAUAUACCUCAAGAAAAAUGAAUUAACCAAUAAGAUGAAUUAAGACCUCGGUUGAGGGGCUGGAUAGAUAUCUUAGCAGUUAAGUUUCUGCUCCUUUUAAAGAGAACCUAAGUUUGAUUCAUAGCACCCAAUUCUAGUGGCUCACAAUGCCUGUACCUCCAGCUUUGAGGGAUCCUUUAUUCAGGUGUACUUGGACACAUGUAGACAAAUACACAAACAUUAAAAAGACUCUGGUCAAAAGCUUAUGUCUGGAGAGGUUAUAGCCCCUAGUGUGUAAUCUGCUACUGUUUGCUAAAUGGUCAUGCGGUCAAACUGCUAUUUAAAUUUUAAAAUUUAUUCUUGUAGUUAAGCUGUUCUUAACCUGGGACAGAGAAGGUUCUUGGGCUGCGAAACCAAAACAAAAUUAACACCAGGCAGGCCCGUAAUCCAGUGCUGGAGGGACGGAGACAGGGGGACUAGGCUCACUAUGCAGUCAGUUUAGCCAAAUCAGGGAGUUCUAAGCAUAGAGAAUCCGUCUCAAAAAGUAAGGUGAAGAAUAGACAUCAAACACUGACCUCUGACCUUCACAUGCACAUGAAUGAUCACACAAGCAUACAUCUCACACACACACACACACACACACACACACACACACACACACACUUACUUGGAAAUAUAACUCAAUAGACAGUCUGCACCUACUGUGACCCACAUAGAUUGGAUCUUAAAACCUUGACUAGAGGUGAUGAAAGGAUGAAGAUAGAUCGAUUGACAGAUGCUCAUCUAGGAAAUCAGGGAUCAGGUGGAUGCUUGCUACCACUGGGCGGGGGGUGAAGGGGGGUGGUGUAAAUACUACUUCUAGCAACUUGGAACUUCAGCAUGUUUAUGAGGUACAGCACAAGGGAAGAGCUUAGCAAAGACUGGUGGGUGAUCUCUGUGGGUCUCAGUCUCAGGUUGUAAUGUUAUGGUUAACAUUAAAGGUUUUGAUUACUAUGCUUGAGAGAAAAAAAAUAUAAAAGCAAAAAAAAAUGCCUCUAACAUGUAAGCACCUAGCUCGUUCCAGCAGUACCCUAGUGGCCCACUUCCCCCUUUCCCAGACAUUGAAAGGCUAGUCUUAAAAUUUGAUCUUGUAAAAUAUUCCAUUUUUUCAAAAUAGGUCAGAAGGUUAACUGCUAUUUCUGCUUUUGCAAUCAAGCUUUCUUACUUUGCUCAAAAGAUGACUUGGACAACUGUAAGACAUAUAUGUUGAAAUAAGUCUUUGCGACAUGUAGGCAGAAUACACACAAUCUUGUAGUUUUUGCCUUUAUAAGCUCUGGGCUGGUAAGACUAAAGACUUGGGAAUGGCCCGAGGUGCAAUCCUGGCACCAGUCAGUCCAGGUGUCAGUUCUAACAAAAGCCUCUUUUCAUUAAAACUCAUUCUUGGCCAUGGCAAAUCUGAUUGACCCCGGAUUCAUCACCUGAAAUAGCCAGGGUGAUAGAACCAUUGGUGUUAGAUUUACCCACACUGGUCACUCAAUUGCACUUGAACUCUUUAGGAAAGUUUUGCCAGCCCUUAGGUAAGCCAUAGCCAAUCCUGUGGGGCUGAAGCAAUGGAGUCCUGGACAUGCCGUGCCUAGGUCAAGGAUACACAUUUCUCUCUCUCUGUUUCCUCUGCCCUCUACCCUCGGCUGUGUGUGUCCUUGGCUUUGGUCCCCAGAGCUGCAAAGAAAACAUAAAACCAGAAGCCAGCAUAGCCUUGUAGGGCUAUAGAAAUAGGUACACCCAAACAGUUGCCACAUUCAUUUCCUGCUCUGCAUUCUCGCUGCUAUCGUGUAGUGGUUUCUUUGGAGAUAAUACUUUCAUCUUGUAGGGAAUCUCAUUAAGAUGCAGGGUGUUCCAAAGGGAGGUGAACCAUAUCACACUGUAGGGCAGACCCUUUAACUCAGGAAGGAACCAACUCAGUGACUGAGACAGGUAUACUAGGCCUGUUAUUCCCCAAGCAUAUAGAAUAGCGAGGAUGCUGAGAGACACUCAGACCAGACUGGCCCCAGCUGCCUGGUAGAACCUCUCCAACCUGUCCAAUGGCCUGCAAGUUGUGCAGCAUGCCCCAAGUUGUCAGCUUUCUCGAGUCAUUGCCCAUGCUGGGACGGGCUUUGGUGACAUGGCUGGCCUUUGAGUCAUUGCCCAUGCUGGGGUGGGUUUUGGUAAUGUGGCUGCCUUUGAGUCAUUGCUGCUUCUUAAAGUAAUCCUAAUAAAAAGCUCUGGUUUACCAAAUUGGAUUUUUGUGGUGUCCAUACUUUGGUCUGUCACUGGUGCUCGAUCUGGGUGUGUAUCAUUAGCAUCUGCUCAGGAACAGUGUUUGUUUCAUGUUAAGAUUUGCUUUCAGUUUUGUGGGCACCCAGUAGUAAACACAGUUCUUCAUGAAUGCUUUCACUUUUAUUCCUCAAAAUACUAGUGAUACAAAUGUUUUACAUUUACCAUUGUUUAGUGAUAUGUGUGAGUUUUAAACAUAGACCUGGGAAGGAUAAGGACAUUUAGCCCAGAUACCAAUAGGUCAGAGAGGGUGCCCAGAGAGCCUUCUUUCACAUUCAAGGCCCCCUACCCUUUUGGAGGAUAAUGGCCUCAAAAAAUGAAAUUAGGGAAGGAAGGACUCUUUUUUUCUUAGGAUCUACUUGGUCACUGGUAAUGCUCAGUUGUAGAUGGCUCUCCUUCAUUUCUUGGAUCAGCUUCUGGAUACUGGGAUACUCCAUCAAAUUUCAACCUAGGUUGAAAUCGGAGGAGAAAAAUGGUUUCUUGUUUCAAGAAAAUCCAUUUAAAGUUCUCACAUGCCUUAAAUGUUUCAUGGGUCAUUUUAAUACUACACUGCAAGGUGGAAUUACGUAGUGAUAUUUUAAGUCUUAUUUUGGUAUAUGAUAGAUGGAUGUGUGCCCAUGCAUGUGUUGGUGGAAUACACUCUUGUAGAUAUUUGUAGAGGCUAGAGUUUGCCACAGGGAUGUCUCUCAGAUGAUUCUUUAGCAUAACGCCCCUACCCAACUUAGUUUUUUAUAUUCGUGUUUAGCUUACAUGUAUGUAUGUGUACCACAUUCAUGCCUGAUGCCUGAUUUCUGUGGGGGCUCAGAAGAGGGCACUGGAUCCCUGGAGCUGGAGUUACAGAUGGCCGUGAGCUACUUUACAGGUGCUGAAGACAAACCUGGGCUCUCUGAAAGGGCAGCCAGUGCUUUUAACCUCUGAGCAAUCUGCUCAUUCCCAACCAUCUUAAUUUUUGAAACAGGGUCUCUCACUGACACCCUGGAACUUAUCAUUUUGAUUAAGCUGACUAUCUAGUAAGCUGCCAGAAUAUUUUUUUUGAAGUUUGUCUAUGCUUUUAUUUUAGAUAUUUUCUU